AUGGCGUUGCAGUUCGAAGCCUUCUGUGCAGGCGGCCUGGCCCCUGGCUGGAGCCUGACGGUACAGGGACAUGCAGAUGCUGGAGAAGAUAAGUUUGAGAUCAACUUCUUAACAGAUGCAGGAGACAUCGCCUUCCACGUCAAACCUCGAUUCUCCAGCGCCACGGUGGUGGGCAAUGCCUUCCAGGGAGGACGAUGGGGACAGGAGGAGGUGUCCAGCGUGUUCCCGCUGGCCCUGGGAGAGCCCUUUGAGAUGGAGGUGAGCGCAGACGCAGAACACUUUCAUAUUUACGCCCAGGAACAAAAGGUACUCCAGUUCCCACAUCGUCACCGACCGCUGGCCACCAUCACCAGAGUGAGAGUGCUCAGUGACCAUCGGCUGGCCCAGGUGGAGCUGGCCAAGCGGAGCCUGAGCUGGGGGGAUGGGGGCUACUGAGUGGACUGGACCACACAGCCUGCCAGAGCCAGCCUUGGCUGUCCUGUAUCUCCUGCCACCUGGAGCCACACACUAUAUAUUAUAGAUGCUGGGAAGCUGAGGCUCUGUGUGAACCCCUAACCUUACCUUCAAUAAAGUAUGAGCA